CCGAUAGUUCAAUAAAGUCCCGUCCAUUUUGAACAAAUCCCAACCUAUCCCUUUUGCGACGACCCUGUGUUCGUUCCAUAUCCAAGUAUCCUUUAGGGGUAUUAUGGGAGAUUGGGAGUUGAAGUUUCAUUAGUUGUGUGGAUACUUUCAGAUUCUGCUCUUGUUUAAUUUUAAUGAAGGGGAAGAAAAGUUGGGGGGGAAACCUAAAACCUGUGGACUGUGGAAUUGUCAGUUUCUGGGAGGAAAGCAUAUAAAAGGGGGUAGAGGGAGGAAGGGAAGGCUGUUGAGCAGUACGUUCUCUUCUCGUUAUUGGGUGGUUUGAUUUUUCGUUUUGUUGAAUUUGAUCGAAGAUGGAGGAAGUUGACCACCUAGCUCAUGAGAGGAACAACGCCGAGUUCGAUGUUGAAGCUAUGAAGAUCGUUUGGGCCGGCUCUAAGCACGCAUACGAAGUCUCAGACCGUAUGGCUAGGCUUGUUGCUAGCGAUCCUGUCUUUCGCAAAGAUAAUAGACCUAUGCUUAGUCGGAAGGAGUUGUUUAAGAACACUCUAAGAAAAGCGACUCAUGCAUGGAAAAGGAUCAUUGAGCUCCGCCUUUCUGAAGAAGAGGCAUCCAGGUUAAGGUUUUAUGUGGACGAACCUGCUUUUACUGAUCUGCAUUGGGGCAUGUUUGUACCUGCCAUAAAAGGGCAAGGCACCGAGGAGCAGCAACAGAAGUGGUUACCAUUAGCAUACAAGAUGCAAAUAAUUGGAUGUUAUGCACAAACUGAACUUGGUCAUGGCUCCAAUGUUCAAGGACUUGAAACUACUGCAACAUUUGAUCCUAAUACUGAUGAGUUUGUUAUCCACAGUCCUACCCUAACUUCAAGCAAGUGGUGGCCCGGUGGACUGGGUAAAAUUUCUACACAUGCUGUUGUGUAUGCUCGCCUCAUAACAGAUGGUCAAGAUCAUGGGGUGCAUGGUUUUAUAGUUCAGCUAAGGAGCUUGGAUGACCACUCACCUCUUCUGGGCAUUACUGUUGGUGAUAUUGGAGUGAAAUUUGGAAAUGGAGCAUACAACACUAUGGAUAAUGGUGUUCUGCGGUUUGAUCAUGUUCGCAUCCCAAGGAACCAAAUGUUGAUGCGGGUUUCUCAGGUUACAAGGGAAGGGAAAUAUGUGCAAUCUGAUGUUCCAAGGCAGCUAGUUUAUGGGACUAUGGUUUAUGUACGUCAAACUAUUGUAUCUGAUGCUUCCUGUGCUUUGUCACGAGCAGUUUGUAUUGCAACAAGGUAUAGUGCUGUCCGAAGACAAUUUGGUUCACAGGAUGGUGGGCUUGAGACCCAGGUGAUUGAUUACAAGACUCAGCAAAGCAGACUCUUUCCAUUGUUAGCUUCAGCAUAUGCUUUUAGGUUUGUUGGCGAAUGGCUGAAGUGGUUGUACACGGAUGUGAGCCAGAGAUUGCAAGCCAAUGAUUUCUCGACAUUGCCUGAAGCACAUGCAUGCACUGCUGGUUUGAAGUCAUUGACUACUUCUUCCACUGCUGAUGGCAUUGAAGAAUGUAGAAAACUGUGUGGAGGCCAUGGGUAUCUAUGUAGCAGUGGGCUUCCAGAAUUAUUUGCUGUAUAUGUCCCUGCCUGUACAUAUGAAGGAGACAACAUUGUUCUGCUUUUACAGGUUGCGAGGUUUCUUAUGAAGACUGUUUCUCAACUGGGUUCUGGAAAAAAACCUGUUGGAACAACAGCUUACAUGGGAAAAAUCGAACAUCUGAUGCAGUGCCAAUGCGAUGUUCAAAGAGCUGAGGAUUGGUUGAAGCCUAAUGUAAUAUUAGAGACUUUUGAGGCAAGAGCUGCUCGGAUGUCUGUUGCCUGUGCUCAAAAUCUCAGCAAGUUUUCGAGUCCAGAAGAAGGCUUUGCAGAGCUCUCUGCCAAUCUCGUGGAAGCAGCCAUUGCUCACUGCCAAUUAAUUGUUGUUUCCAAGUUCCUUGAAAAGUUGCAACAAGAAAUUCCAGGGAAGGGGGUGAAAGAACAGCUAGAGGCGCUCUGUUACAUUUAUGCCCUUUACCUGCUUCACAAACAUCUGGGUGACUUCUUAUCAACAGGGUGUAUCACCCCCAAGCAAGGAUCACUUGCCAAUGAUCAGCUCAGAUCCCUAUACUCACAGGUUCGUCCUAAUGCCAUUGCCUUGGUUGAUGCUUUUAACUACACUGACCAUUACCUUGGCUCUGUUCUUGGUCGCUAUGAUGGAAAUGUGUAUCCAAAACUGUAUGAAGAGGCAUGGAAAGAUCCACUCAAUGACUCAGUUGUUCCUGAUGGAUACCAUGAGUACAUUAGGCCAAUGCUGAAGCAACGGCUCCGGGCAGCACGUCUUUGAAUGUAUUUACUACAUGGUCAAACCAGACAUUCGGAUAUUUUCAUUUUAACUUAUAUUAUAAAUGAAACUAAUAAAGCUAUAGGGGUGAUCCUUCAAACUGGGGUUCGAGUAUGUGUAAAUUCUGGACAGAAGUUUAUAGAGAAUCAUCUAUCAGUUUAUCUGUAACAGAUUCUUAUUGUUGGAGAAUUUCUAUAAUUGACUGUUCCAAAUGAAAGAUUGUCCCUUUUAUUUGUGCUUCA